AUGGGAGGAAUGGGCGAAACGAUAGCCGGUCUGCUGAUGGCAAUCAUACCAUCGUUUUGUUACUUUCUGUUGGUCACUCUUGUCUUCGCAUCCCUCGGACUGUCCAUUGGUUUCCGAAAACUCUAUAUUUAUGUACUUUUGACGAUAUUUGAGUUUGGCCGAAAACGUAUCGAAAGGGAGAAGAAGUUGAAAAGUGAGGAAACGGAUGACAGCUCUGAAGCGGUCGACAAAUAUAAUGCCAUUAAUAGUAUUAACGGUAAAAGAGUUGAUGUGAUCGGCGGUGAUGUGAACGGAGGCAAUAAUAACGAGACGGACGACCACUCCAAACACCAGUCUCUGCACGAAAUGGAGCUUCAGAUCGAUUGCGAGAAAAGAGACUUUCAUUUGUCUGAUGGCAUGAAUUUCAUCAAAAUAGGCAUUGAGGCCAUCGUUGACGAUGAGGUCACCAAACGGUUCGCUGCAGAAGAACUAUUGUCUUGGAAUCUGUUGACGCGAACCAAUAAGAACUAUCAGUACAUAUCUCUGCGGUUAACCAUAAUGUGGGGCAUCGGAUGUCUCAUCAGAUAUAUAAUUUUGAUGCCAACGCGUGUUAUAAUAACGAUAAUCGGGGUCUUUUGGUUAGUUCUGUGCACAGCAGUGACGGGAUGUAUACCUGAUGGACGACUUAAACGCUACAUCUACUGGAAUGUUAGUCUCAUGUGUUUCCGAAUCCUUUCGCGAGCCUUCUCUGGAAUCAUUACAUUUCAUGACAGACACCAUAUGGCCAAAGAGGGCGGCAUUACUGUUGCCAAUCAUACCAGUCCUAUAGAUGUGGCGAUUCUUGCCUGUGAUAACUGUUACGCAUUGGUUGGCCAAAGACAGGGAGGCUUUCUAGGAGUGCUUCAGAGGGCCUUAGCCCGCGCCACGUCUCACAUCUGGUUCGAGAGGUUUGAGAUUAAAGACCGCGAACUCGUCACCCGAAGGCUCAGAGAGCACGUGGAGGACCCGAAUAAGUUGCCGAUACUUAUCUUCCCAGAGGGCACCUGUAUUAACAACUCGGCGGUCAUGAUGUUUAAGAAGGGCUCCUUCGAAGUCGGCGGCAAAAUAUAUCCCGUGGCUAUCAAAUAUGACCCGAGAUUUGGUGACCCAUUUUGGAACAGUAGUAAAAACGGAUACAUGUAUUACUUGUUGAUGAUGAUGACCAGUUGGGCCAUUGUUUGUCACGUCUAUUAUUUGCCUCCAAUGACCAGAAAUGAGGACGAAAGUGCUGUUGAUUUUGCCAAACGAGUCAAGUCUGAGAUCGCAAAGCGCGGAGGACUGGUAGACCUCGAAUGGGACGGACAGCUCAAGCGGAUGCAAGUGAAGACCGAGUGGAGGGCACAGCAACAGCACGAGUAUAGCAAACGAAUCAAAAUUGAUUGAACGAAUUUAUAUACAAAAUAUUUAUUUAUUUAUUGGUUCAUACAUUCCCAACAACUGAUCGAUUCAAUCGAAUAUACAGUACUUAUUAUGAAAUGAUUUUAUUCUCAAUCUCUAAAUACUCUGAUUUCUAACUACUAGUCAU